AUGCGUAUUGGCAACUCUUUGGUCCUCAUCCAAUCGUCUCCUCCCCUGCACACGGUUUAUCUAGUGCGGUUCUCCUCUCUUGAGCAGUUCGUCCCCACCUGUGUCGGCUUAGUGGUGAGGAAUCUGCACAGUUCUGACAGGACUGUUGGUUUCCUAUCUAACGGUCGAAAUCCAUAUUCGUCCACCAACGAUUUCCACAUUUCCGGCUGGCGUGAUCAUCAUGCCUCUAACGCUCGGAUCGCAUCAAUCCCAAGUAGCAGGUCGUACCCAAGGGCCUUUGACGUGCCACCAAGACGUCGACUUUGGCAUGACUCCCUCCGUCUGUUAGGGCGGACUGAGUCCACACCACAACAGGCCGGGACACCCGUCAAUCGUCGAAUCUCGAUUUUGACUGUUCCAUGUCUCGCAUCGAUCGCACUAACGAUCGAUCAGGAACAUCCAGUCAUCAGCGCCGACAUCGUUUACCCUCAGCAUUGCCGCGUUGACAACGGGCAAUGCGCGUUACUGACGAGGGGGCAAGGGUUGCGACCUUUUGCUUGUCCCGGACUCAUUCCAAGCAAUCCUGUGCUACAUGGCCUAACUCUUUGGCAAUAA